AUGAGCUUUGUGGAUUCUUACUAUUUGACACCCAAGUGGCAAGAUACGUACAAAGACAACAUCAAACCCGUAAAUGGAGAUAGAAUGUGGGAAAAGACAGGAAAAUAUCCUAUUCAAAUCCCUGAGAAAAGAAGAAUGCCAGGACAUCCCAAAAAAUAUGAUCGGAUUAAAGAGGCGCAUGAGCCUUCCACAAAUCCUACAAAAGUCACAAGAGGAGGAAGGACUAUAACGUGUAGCAACUACAAGCAGAUUGGCCAUAAUAUAGGGACUUGUAAGAGAGCACCUAUGAUUAACACAACUCCUAAACGGAAAAGGGGAAGACCUCGGAAGACUCCGGUUGAUCCAUGGAGCAUCGAAAAUACACCCAAGAGGAGGAGAGCUCAAAGCCAAUCAACACCAGUAAAUUUUGGAGGCCGUGGGCGUGGUAGAGGUCGCCCGCGAGGCCGUGGAAACCAUGCUCGAGGUCGUGGUCAACCUCCUAUUCCCAGAGGUUAUGGGUGUUAUAUUGCUCCAUUUUUCGGUGAGGUAUUCGACGUUUGGGGAUCAAGGGCAGUUGAUAUGACUGGUCCACCUCUACAAGCACCUCCUCCUCGAGCUCCUUCAUCAUCACAAGCACCUCCUCAAGCUCCUUCAUCAUCACAAGCACCAGCUCGAGCUCCUUCGUCAUCACAACCACCUCCUCGAGCUAAUUCUUUGCCAUUUUAA